UUUUACUUUGAAAAGUCAGAACCGGAAAAGGAUACAUGUGUUCGUUACCAGUUAGUUUGAUGCUGCUUCCUGCAGUCUGAACUGUCAGCCACGUCACCUCCCCUGAAACAACUUUCCUCCGAGACACUCGCGUAGACAUCUGAGUUAAUGAGUGGACCAUCUGCUCACCUGCGUGCGUGUAGGUACCGAACGGACUCGGAGUUCACUGCGCAGCUGCGAGCUUCUUUUUAGCUUAUUAUCUCUUCCUGUCACUUUGUGCACUCGCAGAGCGCUGAACAUCUCUGCCCUGUGUCCGGGAUUACGUGUAAGGCCUGUAAGGAGUUGUAUUUACUUUUUUUAUCGAAGCGGAACAUAAACAAGAUGAAUAUCUUUCGUCUGGCGGGGGACGUGUCACAUCUGGUGGCUAUCAUCAUCCUGCUGCUGAAGAUAUGGAGGUCCAAAUCCUGUGCUGGCAUUUCUGGGAAGUCUCAGGUGCUGUUUGCGCUCGUCUUCACCACCAGGUACCUCGACUUGUUCACGGUCUUCAUCUCUCCUUACAACACGGUCAUGAAGGUGGUGUUCCUGGCUCUGUCCUACGCUACCGUGUACCUGAUCUACAUGCGCUUCAGGAACAGCUACAACUCUGAGAAUGACACGUUCCGCGUGGAGUUCCUGCUGGUGCCGGUCGUCGGGCUGUCCUUCCUGGAAAACUACGCGUUCACCCCGCUGGAGAUCCUGUGGACCUUCUCCAUCUUCCUGGAGGCGGUGGCCAUAAUGCCGCAGCUCUUCAUGAUCACAAAGACCGGCGAGGCCGAGUCCAUCACCACCCACUACCUGUUCUUCCUCGGCCUCUACCGAGCCCUCUACAUAGCCAACUGGGUGUGGCGCUACCACACCGAGGACUUCUUCGACCAGAUCGCCGUGGUGUCCGGCGUGGUGCAGACCAUUUUCUACUGCGACUUCUUCUACCUUUACGUCACAAGGGUGCUCCGAGGAAGAGGAAAGAUGAGCCUGCCGAUGCCCAUUUAAACCCGACACCUGUGCCCGCGACAGCUCCUGCGUCUGUUUUCAAGAACGGGACUUCUGGUCUGACGUCAUUCUGUGGACCAAAGUGUGUGCACCUGAUUUUUUUUUUUGGGCUGUGAUUGGUACUUUGUGUGUGAGUCUGCAUGCAUACGUGCGCUGUUGUGGUCAAAAGUUUUGGGGGACGUAUGUUUGUUUGUUUGUUUGUUUUUUCUUCAGAAGAUGCAAAUGUGACACUAGAAAUUCGUCCCUGACGUGCACGUGGAACUCAAAAUUCAUGCAAGUGAUUGACGCUAUGGAAACUGUGUAUUUCUCAGUACUUUGGGGCUUUGGCUCUGGAGACAGUUACAAUGUUAAAUCCACAAAAUUGUACUUCAGGUAGAUUGUAUGUAGCUUCUGAGUUAAAAGCUGUAAAAGGUCCCACAGUUUCAUGUCAAAGCGUCCUACACUCUAUCCAAUCACCGGCACAUUUGACAAACUUCCAUGACAAAUAUUGUAGUUUUUUUUUUUUUUUUCUUCUUUGAGAUUUGUACUCUGAACUAUUUAAGUCAAGUUAAUUUUAUUUAUAUAGCCCAAUAUCACUAAUCACACAUCUUCCAUAAAGUGUCUUUCUCUGUGGUUGUGUAACGUCAGACACUCCCUGAAUAGCUAUAACUGCGUUCUAUGCAAACAAUGUCUUUCCUUAUUGCCAAGUAUGUUGACUUUUUUUUGUAUUUCAUCUUAAUCGUCGUCUUUCAUAUUUCAAUGUAAUUCUUCAUGGGAGGAAAAAAAAAAAAAGGGCUAAACAUUCUGUCGUGUCUUAAAUGAAGCCAAAGAUGGAAAAGAUAACUGUUCCAAUGCUUUAGUCAAACAAAUGCUGUUUUCUUUUCCUGGGUUGUUUCCUUGACCAAACUGUCUUUUUGUGUCGGGGGAUGAAAAAAAAUGGCAGUCAAGCGUGUGGAACUUCUGUAAAAGAUAAAUCAGUUUUUUAGUACAGUAAGAUGAAUUGCACAUUAUUUUUUAUGACAUUACCUUUAUUAUAACAUGUGAGUUCUCUCAAUUCAAA